AAGUUCACGGCCGGGUUCAAUCUACGUCUUUCGAUUCUCUGAAGCGAGUCCCCUUAUGUUGCACGAUGGGGUUUUUUGCAAUAUUCAUACAAUUGCAGGCGAACUGGGGAGAAAGGCUGAAAACCUCUAGCUCUUAAAAGAUUUUUCUUUUCUUGGUGGAAAGAAAAGAAGCCAGGCAAUCGGAAGGGAAAGUAAUGGGGGGGUUGCAGAAACAACCGAGGCCGCCUGAACCCCGGAAAAGGUCUCUAGUGAGGCAGCCUGGGAAUGGUUAAAGGCCGGCGAGGGCGCAGAGCGUGAAAGCAACAGCCUAAUCGAGUACGUGUUCCGUCGGAGGUCUGACCAUUCAAGAAGUUGUCAGGCUGCAGUUAAAAUUGCUAUCAAUUUAAAUUGCUUUGAACCAAACAACUUCCGUUUCCGCCCACAAAUAAAUGAACCGUGAAAGGGACCAGCGUCAUGCUACAGAAGGGGGCGACGGGGUGGCAUGGCAUCCCCCUUUCUCAAAGUAAAUCUUGGGUAAACUGCUCGCUGGCAAGGGUUUCAGAUCGCGAUGAAUGAAGCAGCGUGGAGCAGCUUCUUAGAAAACCUUACUCGUGCACACGCUUCCUGAAUUUAGUCCCACUGGCCUCCGCUAGUCUCUCCGCUCUUAAAAAAAUCCUGGGGCCGUGUGAGCCGUCAAGCAAAGUUUGUGGCUGCAAUCCGAUUGAUAAAGAGACUGAACGGCCCCCGCGAUGAAGUGCUUUUUUCCUCUAAGCAAGUUAGCAUCUGAUAGGAUCUGGUGCAUAGUUACUCACACGAUCCAAUUUUAACUCAUUUUGGAGUCAGGCUAAGUCUCUUUCCAAUUAUGCUGCCGUACGGCCAGGAGCUGCGAAACAAAGAAACAAAAUUAAGCGGUGAGAAUUGCUAUUGAGGUUGAUGCAGCCUCGCGGGCAAAAAACUUGGAGCGGGCGGGUGCAUGCUGCCAAGAGCUCUGCCUGACAUGGCGACUUACGUGAGCGAGCUGGAGGUGGCCAAGAAAAACCUGAGCGAAGCUUUGGGCGAAAAUGUGAAGCAGUACUGGGCUAAUUUGAAACUAUGGUUUAAGCAAAAGAUCAGCAAAGAAGAAUUUGAUCUGGAAGCUCGGAGGCUCCUCACUCAAGACAAUGUCCAUUUUCACAAUGACUUCUUGUUGGCUAUUCUCACACGAUGCCAAAUCUUGGUUUCUGCACCAGGGGCGUCGGAUAAGAAGGAAUGUCGGAUAAGCGAAGAAGGUGCUGGCUCCCUGCCUUGGACAGGAGGUUCUGCACCAAAACCUGGCAAGCCAAAAGGGAAGAAAAAGUUUUCUUCUGUUCGGCAGAAGUUUGAUCACCGGUUCCAGCCCCAGAAUCCCUUAUCUGGAGCUCAGCAGUUUGUGGCCAAAGAUCCCCAAGAAGAUGAUGACCUGAAGCUUUGUUCACACACAAUGAUGCUUCCCACUUGGGGCCAGCUGGAGGGAAGGAUGAUUGUAACUGCUUAUGAGCAUGGCCUGGAUAAUGUCACCGAAGAAGCAGUUACAGUUGUUGUCUAUGCCGUAGAGAAGCAUCUUAAGGAUAUCCUAACCUCUGUAAUAUCAAGGAGAAAGGCUUACCGUGUGAGGGACGGUCACUUCAAAUAUGCCUUUGGAAGCAAUGUCAAUCCACAACCGUAUCUGAAGAAUAGCGUCAUUGCUUACAAUAACUUAACUGAGUGUCCUCCUACCUGCUUGGCUCCCCCAGCUGGUCAAAACCUUGCUUCCCAUCUACCACCUGAUGAUGCAGAACAGCAAGCAGCCCUCCUUUUGGCCUGUUCUGGGGACACCUCACCAGCAACUCUGCCCCCAGUGAACAUGUAUGAUCUCUUUGAGGCACUGCAGAUCCACCGGGAAGUGGUCCCUGCCCAUACUGUCUACGCCCUCAAUAUUGAAAGGGUCAUCCUGAAACUCUGGCACCCAAACCAUGAGGAACUUCAGCAAGACAAAAUCCAUCGGCAGAGGUUGGCCGCAAAGGAAGGCCUCCUAAUGUGCUAAGACCGUUGCCAGUGCUGACUUUGGGCUGGACUAAUAUAUCUUGGAUACGCCAGUUGGCAUUUUGACUUUGGAAUCUCAACAUUUGCAUUAUUUUACGAGCGCUUCCAGGUGGAAGUGUGGACAUGUUUCCCAUGGAAAUAUGACUCAAACUGAAGACAUACGGUGUAAGCCAAAACCCUGAUUGCUUAGAGGAUUGAAUAUUUUGCUGACCAAACUGAACAACAUUAAUUCUGAAAAUCUUUCUGCUCCGCUGGAAAAUGGAUGUUGCAGCAGAAGCCCCAUUUUUGUUUUCAUUCUGACCUUAAUAUAUAAUAUGAUGCUCAGUCAGUAUCUAUGGUACAAAGAUGCAGUUCUUACAGUCACCAGAUACAUAGGUCAUCUGAGCUACUGCCUUGGGCUGCUUUUACAAACAUAUACAAGGUUUGUAAAAGCAGACCAAGGCAGACACACACGCACCCACAUACAUACAUACUGCACAAAGCUUUGUUUUGUUGAUAUUUCUUUUGUAUAAUAUGGGUUUAUACAUAUGGGAGAAGUCGUGAUUCAUUAAAAUAAAUUUGUUGCAAGACAGUUUUCAUUAAAAAAAGAAUCUCUUUUUUCUUUGUAAAAACAGCAAUCUUUAAGUCUGUGAAAAGACCCUAAAAUAUAUAAUUAUCACUGAUUAUCUUUUAAAAUAUAUAUUUUGCUUCUUUGAAAGUUUAAAAUAACCAAGUUGUUUGCUUAGUAAUAUCUGUAACAGAAUUCAUAUCUUUUUAAAAGUGAAUCUCCUUCACCCUACACAAUGUUUCAUAGCAGAAAUAGAGAACAGAGAAUUUUUUAUUUGUGAUCCAGCAGUAUUUUGUAAUACAUAUGAAUGAGAUAGGGGCUGGCCAAACAAUGGUAAAAAAUUCCUUAAUCGCAAAUGAUAGUAUCACAAAACCCAGAACUAGUUGGGAUUGUACCAUAGGAAGCGCUUUUUUUUUUUUGUUCUGCAGUUCUAUCUAGAGGAUGCCUGAGUCUCCAGUGCAAGGACAAAUCCCCAUUUAUUUCUAGCAAACAAAUAAUAAAAAUAAAUCAUAAACACUAUUUGAUAUUACAAAGAUUUGGCACAGCUCCUCUUCAAUGAAGAUUGCUGCAAGAGAACUUCCAGCCUGAAUCUGUUGGUCACUUUCUUCAGUGAAAGUGAGGACAGUUUUUUUUACACAGGGAGGAAUUACUGCCAUACAGAUUUGAAUGUGUUCCAUGUUAAAGGGACUUAGAAAAAAUACAAGAAAGGUGAUUUGUCAUCCAUUCUAAAGGAAGAGACUGUAAAUGUAUCUAAUAAAUGAAUCUAUUGCCAGUUCAUUCCUGUAAGCAUGGAUUCUUCAUUACUCAGAUGCUAAAAAGAACCCCAAGCACAGAGUUCAUCAAGCCUCUUCAAUCAGCAAAACGGAAGUAUUCCAUUUCAGGAGUGAAAGACCAGACUGUUCAUAAAAUACAUCUUUCAGCACCGUGAUAAACAAAUUCAUUUCCAAACAAUUGCUGUUGAUGUCAGUGGGAAUGCGUCCUGAGGCCUUACUGGCCCAAUCCUGUGUAUGUUUGUUUAGAAAUAAGUUCCAUCUUGUUUGGCGUGUCUUAAUCCAAAGUAUACAUUUACAAUUGCAGAAGAAUUUGAAGUUGGGCAGUUUGUGUCUUGCCUAAGUCCAUUUGCACUGUUAAA